CGGCCUUUCUCACAAAUCGAUGAAGAGCCCGGCGGUCCCGAACGCGGAGACGGUCGCGCCCCGCGAGAGCGUGAGCGGCUGCAAGGCGUCCUUGCGGCGCGUCAUCUGGCUCAUCUUCCCCGUCGGCAUCCUCGCGGCCGUGAUCGUCGGCCUGCACGUGGCGGCGCGGCCAGCACCGACGACCGUCUACGUGGCGCAGGCCAUUGCCGCCGGCCGCGUGCCCGUGCGUGGCGUCAACCUUGGCGGCUGGCUCGUCGCCGAGCAAUGGAUGAACCCGCGCUCCGACAUUUGGAAGGAUCUGCCCGCGAACGCGACGUGGACCGAGGUCGACGCGGCGGCCGCAUAUGCGUCGGCGGCCGCGGGCGUCAAGGGCCAGCUGGGCGCGCGCUUUGAGGCGCACCGCAAGAGCUGGAUCACCGAGACCGACAUAGCAGCGAUCGCGGCGGCCAACUUCAACACGAUCCGCAUCCCUGUCGGGUACUGGAUUGGCGGUGCGACGACCAACGCCGACACGAAGAGCAGCUUGUGGGCUACUUUUGCGCCCGGCGCGUUAGCGUAUCUCGACACGGCGGUCCAAACGUGGGGCCCCAAGUACAACCUGUCAGUUCUCAUCGACUUGUAUGCGACCAUGAACGGUAACCACUGGCCCGACCCGGGCGACACCAAGGUGCCCCUCGCCAAGUACAAUACGACGCUCAACACGACCAUCUUUCUGGCGACGCGGUACCAGAAGGAGCCAUCGUUCCUUGGCAUUGGCCUCCUCUCGACACCGGACGAUAGCGCCCACUUUCGGUCGCUGCUCUACUACUACAUGGACGCGUACCGCAACGUGCGAGGCCUCGCUUCCUCGAUCGUCGUGACGACGUGUGCGAGCCGGUCGUUCCAGCGACCUGGAGACUUGACGUCUGUCAUGUCGGAAGACAGAACCUUUAUGAACUUUCUCAUCAACCCGGAUGUGCCCGAUGCAAUCACGCACGCGUGGCACGAGUGGCACGUGCUGCCGGGCAUGAACGACACGGCGCUUGCGUCGGACCCGGCGACGUGGGCGGCCCGCAUCGACGGCUGGAAGUCGCGCGAGCCGCUCUUCAUCGGUGCGUGGACGCUUGGUGUUGGUGCCAAUGCCUCCGCGCCGACGACGCCGGCCGACAAGCAGGCGCUCGCGGCCAAGCUGUUGCCGGUCGUCAACAAGGCGCCGCGCGGGUGGGUGUAUGCGAACUGGAAGGUCGCGGACGGCGCGCGCGGCUGGGGCUGGUCGCUCCAAGACGUGCUCAAGGACGGCAUCAAAUUACCGUAAUACCACCGGUGAAAACACGGUCUUUUUGCA